AGUCCUUACCCAGCAGGUCGGAAGGCCAAGGACAUUAUUGACACAGCUCGGGAGAACGUCGCGAAGAUGAUAUGUGGGAAACCUCAGGACAUUAUCUUCACUUCUGGGGGCACCGAGUGGUCUCAUGACCAGCGUCGGUGCCGGCCAUCCGAGUCUCAUUACUAAGUACCGAUACCAAGUUCCUGGAACAAAGGAUUCUACAGAGAAGCAAGUGAAGGGGAGGGGCUGGCGUCAAGAACGAGGAGGAGAAAAAUGUGGUCCGUUUCAAGUCAAACCUCGCUGGAGCAUUGGUGUGUUCCUCUCAGUUUCCAUAUAGAGUCCUACAGCGGAAUGUCACACGGGACCUGCAGCAACGCGCGUGGAUCUUGAGAUGCCGAAUGAAUGAAGUCAGUCAAAGGGUCCAUUGAGCCCUGUCUGGCUGAGUGAGGGGUCGGGGAGCUGCUGCCAUGCCCCUGGGCCCCGCAACCACCACUGCGACCAGACUCUUGGUGGCCCACAAGGAGCUGCCUCAGCCCCAGCUGCCUGGUAGGGCCAUCCUGGUCUCAUCUGGUGCCAAGGACGUUCAUGGUCUGCGAGCACAUGGUGCAUUUUCAGAUGUGACCUGGUGGUUCCCACGGAGGCCCCUGUACUCCUGUUGGGGCCCAGGGCAGGGCAGCCAUUUCCAGGGUUCAGCAGCGACUGACAGACACAUGCAGCACGUGGGAGGGGCUUGGGCAUCUCCAUCCUGUUCACAGUCAUUGGGUCAUCUUUUACACUACCAUCCACGGUGGCCUUAAAUGGGAUUGUAGGGACUCUGCAGCCACGUGGAGCCCCGAAGGAACCUCUCCUCUGGAUAGAAUGGCUGUGUGGCAGCAUUUUCUACAAGGGUGUGACCUGGGACCUCUAAGGAAGCAUCCACGGGUUGGAGAAAUCCAUCUGAGUCAUUCGUCCCCGACCACCUCCUCACUGUUGCCUGAUCCGAUGUGUCGCCCAUCGGUGAGCCACAGAGGGGGCUGCCUUGGCGUGCCGUCAGCUGGACACUGUCUUAAGUCCUCUGCACGCAGGAUGGCAGCACGUGGGCACCUCAGCACAGCGCAAGCACUGCCCCCCCCAUCGUGGGGUACCCCCAGAUGCUCCAAGGGAUUGGAUCUUCACUGAGAAAAAGUUCGUUCAGUUCUACUCAUAUGAAGUCGAACAACUUAGUAAUUCAUUCCGUGGUGAAACAUUUCCACCAAACCCACCCCUCCAAGGGGAGCCUGGCCGAGCUGUGCAGCCCGCUGGAUAGGGCCAUGCCCCACCUUAUCACCUGCACCGUGGAACAUGACUCCAUCCGUCUGCCCCUGGAGCACCUGGUGGAGGAACGGGUGGCCGCAGUCACCUUUGUGCCAGUAUCCAAGGUGAAUGGGCAGGUGGAGGUUGAGGACAUCCUGGCAGCUGUCUGCCCGGCCACGUGCCUCGUGACUAUCAUGCUGGCCAAUAACGAGACUGGUGUCAUUAUGCCCAUCUCUGAAAUCAGUCAGCGAAUUAAAGCCCUGAACCAGAAGCGGGUAGCUUCCGGGCUGCCGGUCGUUCUGCUACACACAGAUGCAGCACAGGCCCUGGGGAAACGGCACGUGGAUGUGGAGGACCUGGGUGUGGACUUCCUGACCAUCGUUGGGCACAAGUUCUAUGGUCCCAGGAUUGGAGCACUUUACGUCCGAGGGCUUGGUGAACUUACCCCUCUGUACCCUAUGCUGUUUGGAGGUGGACAAGAACGGAAUUUCAGGCCAGGGACCGAGAACACACCGAUGAUCGCCGGCCUUGGGAAGGCUGCUGAGCUGGUGACCAGGAAUUGCGAGGCUUACGAGGCCCACAUGAGAGACGUUCGUGACUACCUGGAGGAGCAGCUGGAGGCUGAAUUUGGUAAGCAGAGAAUCCAUCUGAACAGCCAGUUUCCAGGGACCGAGCGACUCCCCAACACAUGCAACUUUUCUAUCCGAGGACCCCAGCUCCAAGAAUCGUGUCUGCGAGGAACCGUCCUGUCUGGAUCCUGCUGCUCUGUGCCCUGGGAUGAGAGGGGCCGUGCGCUGGGCACGAGGGAGGGAGCCUCCACACUUGCGGGGGAAGAGGACACACGGGCAGCUGGGGCCCCGCCCGCGCGCUCCGCCUCAGCCUCGCGCCGUGUCUCCCCAGGCCGCGUGGUGCUGGCGCGGUGCAGGACGCUGCUGGCUAGCGUGGGGGCUGCGUGCCACUCGGACCACGCGGACCGGCCGUCCCCGGUGCUGCUGAGCUGUGGCAUUCCCUUCGACGUGGCCAGGAACGCACUCCGGCUCAGCGUGGGCCGCAGCACCACCAGGGCCGAGGUGGACCUCAUCGUGCAGGACCUGAAGCAGGCCGUGGCCCAGCUGGAGGGUCAGGCCUAGUGCCCAGGGUGCCCCAUAGGAAGCCAUGCCGAGGGCCGUGCCAGAAUGGCUCUCCUGAUUUGUCCCAGUCUUAGUCUUGUCCCAGAGUGUCUGACGCGGAGAUGGGUCAGUGGGUGUGUGUGGGUGCGCUGGGCCCCCUUCCUGUCCUCGGGUCAGUGGAGAGCCGGUCUGUCGGGCAGGCAGGCCCCGCAGGUGCUUCUAGGCCCAGGACACAAACCUGUGUGGGACUGUCCCCACCACCCCGUGGCGCAGGUUGAAGUGGAAACAUUUCAGCUGUGUCAGUGCUCCCCUCUGGGAAUUGGGGUGAGCCUGUUGUGAGUGCCACCUUCCUGGAAGGUGGCGUUUUUACCCAGAAGAUAACAUCCAAG